GAGUAUGAGUACAAACCCAUCAAACUCUACCCAUAUCCAUCUAUUUGGAUUUCAUACCCAACCCAAUCGGGUUGGAUAGUAAGAAACCCAUGGGUAUGGGCAAAGUUGCCAUCCCUACCCAUACCCAUUCGGGUUUCAGGUAUCCACGGUUAUCCAUGGGUAAUAGUUUAUCUUUAUAACUCCAACAAAUAUGUUGAUAUUCACACAUAUUCUCAUGUUUCGUGAGGCAAAAGGUACGACAAUAAUUCACUAUAAUGAAGAAAAUCAAUUAAAACAAUACAAUUUCAUGAAAAUAUUAUAUUUAUAUGCUAAAUAUAAAGUACGUUAGAGAAAAAUAAUGAUUAUUUUUAGACAAAAUACAGAUGCAUGUGUAUAAUCGGGCAGGUUCGGGUUGGAUAGUGAGAAAAUCAUGCCCACCCAUUACCCGCAAUAUCCGGGUUCGGAUUUUAACAGUACCCGCUAAAAGUCUUUCGGGUUCGAGUUUUAUCCUACCCGAUUAGGUCGGAUUCGGGUGGAUAUCCAUGGUUACAGUAUUUUUUUAAUCCCUAGGUAACCAUUUGAACACCCUUACUUAGAACUGUCCGAUUAUCUAAUUACUUAAAGCAAUAAAAUAAAUAAGGGUAAAUACAAUAUAAUAUCCAAACCUUUCAUUUUAAACAAUAUAAUAGCCAAACUUUUUCGAAAACAAUCUAAUAUCCAAAUCGUCAACUUUCCGUCCGUUUGACCGUUAGUUGACACUUCAAAAAAGUUUUGUUUAGGGGAAAUUGUCACAAUACAACUUUGUUUUCUUGUUUUGGCAUUGCAGAUGACUGAAUAUUUAGAUAUUCUAUACCAUCAUGGUGGAGUCAUGAACUUCUCGGGUUUGGAACCACGAUAUGUUGGUGGUUUUUCAGAGAAGAUAUCGAUGAAUAUUGAUGAAGCGUCGUACGUCGAACUUUUUUGAAGUGUCAACUAACGGUCAAACGAACAAAAAGUUGACGAUUUGGAUAUUAUAUUGUUUUUGAAAAAGUUUGGCUAUUAUAUGUUUAAAAUGAAAAGUUUGGAUAGUAAAUUGUAUUUUAUCUAAUAAAGAAGACUGAACUUGGUUAAGACGUCUACUAAUCGUGGUCACACCUCUCGAAGGUUGCGCGGCGCUUUUCCUUUUUGCUUCGUCUCCGCAGUCAAGUUUCUCCCCUCAUUCCUUCCCCAGACGCCUCUCCCGCCGCCGACGCCAAACCCCGCACGCCAUUCCAUCAUCUAGGUAACUUCGUAGCUCAACCUCCAUAACUUUCAUUCCUUCUCUAAUCAUCCAAGGUCCGAAUCCUCCGUUCCCACUUGCUCAUUAUGAUAAAUGAAAUUAUCAUCGACGUUUCUGUUACUGGUCUAGGGUUUUAGCUUGACCGUGAUACUUUUCCUUUGCCCUUUUCUGGUUCUGUUCAGCUUACGGUCGAUUUAAUCAGAUCUUGAGACUAAUGUUCUUCCUCUCUGGGACCGGUGUUUAUGGCUGCUUCCUCUAGCGCGAUGAGCUUGUUGCUUGCUGUUGGCGUUUGGUGUACUGCGUACCUUGCUGCAGCUCUUCUCUCCUAUUUCCGUGUCUUCAGUACUCUUUGCCGCCUCUGAUAAUUUCGUAAUCGCCAGCGAGUUUGAAACGAGCUAAUCAAAAUCAUGGGUUAUGCACAGCUUGUUAUUGGCCCUGCUGGGAGCGGGAAGUCUACUUAUUGUUCUAGCUUGCACCAACAUUGUGAAACGCUUGGCCGGUCCAUUCAUAUUGUGAAUCUAGAUCCUGCUGCAGAGAACUUCGAUUAUCCAGUCGCUGUGGAUAUAAGAGAACUCAUUAAUUUGGAAGAUGUCAUGGAGGAAUUUGGUCUCGGUCCCAAUGGGGCUCUUAUGUACUGCAUGGAAGAACUUGAGGACAAUCUUGAUGAUUGGUUAACAGAAGAGCUGGACAACUACUUGGAUGAUGAGUACCUAGUUUUUGAUUGUCCAGGCCAGAUAGAACUUUUCUCACAUGUUCCGGUGCUUAAGAACUUUGUGGAGCAUUUGCAGCGGAAGAACUUCAAUGUGUGUGUUGUAUACUUGCUUGAUUCACAGUUCAUUACAGACGUGACCAAGUUCAUUAGUGGCUGCAUGUCGUCCCUCUCUGCAAUGAUACAGCUUGAGUUGCCCCAUGUUAACCUUCUAUCCAAAAUGGACCUGGUGACGGACAAACGGCAUCUUGAAGACUACCUCACUCCAGAGCCCAUGACUCUGUUGGCGGAGCUUAAUAAGCGCAUGGGUCCUCAGUUUCUUAAGUUAAACAAAGCACUGAUGGAACUGGUUGAUGAGUACAGUAUGGUGAGCUUCAUCCCGCUUGACUUAAGAAAAGAGACCAGCAUUCAAUAUGUAUUGGCUCAAAUCGACAAUGCGAUUCAAUAUGGAGAAGAUGCAGACGUGAAGAUCAGAGAUUUUGAUCCGGAAGAUGCCGAUGAAUGAUCAGAGAUCUCCUUGCAGCUCGUUGUAGAUAUUAAUUGUUUUGAGAGGAAAAAAAGGAGAUACAUUAUGGAGUGCUUUUGCUCAGCGUUAUUUCCAGAGAGCCAUUUAGGUUCUCCUUUUCUACUGAUCUACGGACUACGGUGACACCAAGUCGUCAACUGCAGAAGGAAUUGGCUUAUAGCUUUUGUUUGGAACUAAUCUACAUUUCACUAGUUUCUGUUGAUCUGGUUGUGUCAAAUGUCAAAACUGGGGGUUUAAAUUUUGGUGCAAUUGAUACCUCGGAACUUAAAAUAUCAGGAUUCAACAGUAUUCCCCUUUGCUUAACAUUCCAUCAUUUCCCCUUUGUUUUGUUCUCUAACGAUUAUCCAGCCUGAGCUAAAAUCCGGCAAAAUUCACUCAAUAUGGCACUUUGAUAUUGCUGUGUGGCAUCCAGAUGGACUUUUCAUGACUCAGGUUAACUGAACUGGUAAUAUGAGUGUUACAUGGUUUUCUCAUUCGCUUUUUGGUUAACCGAACUAGUCACAUGAGUGUUACAUAGUUUUCUCGGAACGGUUUUGAUCUUAUAUUAUUUUGUUUUUUAUGUCAACAGUAUCAGUUAUAACUAGUUUAAGUUACAGUUUGAUCUUUAUGUUCUUUUGUUUAAAUAUCUAUUUUCAGUAUUGGUUAAUGAUUCAGACCGAUUUUAGGAUUGUAGUGCACAGUUAACUGAGUUUAGGGUUGUAGCGUUGAGUUAACCAAAAAUGAACCGAUUGACCAAUCCUGCUUACGAGAGAUGGAUAAGCAUUGACAGUAUGAAUACACUAGGCCUAAAUAUUCAGCUGCAUUUCAAAAAUACGAAAGCUCUCCAGUUGAACUUACAAAAGUUGAUUCAAGAAACAUACACAAUAGAA